AUCCCACUGAUCUUGGAAUGCCAAGUUUGACCAAAAAACAAAGUGGCAUGAGUUUAUUUUAAAGCUCUUGAGCAAUGGAAGAAUAUUGAAAGUAAUUUGAUAAGACUAACAAAUAUGUAGCUUACAGAUAUAUAGGAUCUAUGGUUGUUCAGUUUUAAUUUUCGUCCAGGUGCACUUCAUAAGGUAAGCAUAGUAGAAUUAGUUUUUGUCUCAUCGUGCCAUUAGGAACUGCUCUGAAUUCACUCGGUUACACAUUAUUGAUUUCCCCCCUAUUAGUUCAUGGAAAAAGAAAUACGAUUAUAGAACUUAUAGGUACACGUACGGUUCAUGUUGAUAGGGGAGGAAGCUUGACAUUAGAGACCCACAGACCGUCCCAACCCGAGGAUUGAGCUGAGUCAGUUUGUCUAUAAUAUUAGUUUAGGUUCCGAUCAUCUUUUGUUUCUAUAAAGUUCGGGUAGGGUCAGAUCAAUUUAGAGUGGAUGACUUUUUUUUACCCUGUGACCAUAACAACAACUAAUAAUAAAUUCUUCAUACCAACACAUUGGACGUGUUUGUAAAGCUAAAAAAGUUUAGUUAAUAUAAUGCUAGGUUAAAAAAAUAAAGGAAAUAAAACAUAAUUAUACCACAAAAAAAUUUAGACAUAUUUGUAAAAAAUAAAGUUUAGGUACUAAAUUAUAAGAAAAAUAAAAUUGUACACCAAAAUAUAAUUUUCAGAAACAAAUGACUCGAUUUGAACCGACCCACUGACCCGGUGUUUACACUAAAAUAAUUUUCAUUAAUUAUUACAUGUAUGACCAACUUGGCCACUCUAAGUAGUUGGUCCAUGUGUACAUGGAUGAUCCAAUUUAUCAAGUUCGGUGGUAGGUUUGGUGGAUGGUAGUUCGGUAUGAGGUAACCAUCCAAGAUUGUUAAUGUACCAGCCAUGGACAUCAUCCAACUCUAUUAUGGAUGGUAGUAUCCAACAUCAUGGAUACCAUCCAACCCUACAAAUGGAUGGUAGUGUCCAACAUCAAGGAUAUCAUCCAAACCCUAUUAUGGAUGGUACCAUCCCAUUAAUCAUGACGACCAUCCAACCUCUAAUUGGAUGGUGUCAUCCAAGAUCAUGGAAACUAUCCUAACUCAAAGUGGAUACUGGAUAGUGCCAUCCAGUAACAUGGAUACCAUCCAACCCCAAAAGGAUGGUAUCAUCCCAUGUCAUGGACACUAUCUCAACUAUUAAAUGGAUAGUGUCAUCCAUGUUAUGGUAUGGUGACCAUCUAAGAUGGUUACCAUCCAUGGAGUGUUGUAUCAGUCACAUGGAUACCAUCCAAGUUAUUUGGUGUAAGGUGACAAUCCAAUUGCCCAUCCAUUGUACGCAAGGUUGAUUGUCUAGUGACAUGAUGGCGUGUCAAAGGUGGUUACCGGAAGCAUCAACUGACUUGCAAAGGACGCUAGGAAAAGAGGUAGAGGAUGCUACGUGGAGCUAAUUUUCGGGAAGAGAGACAUGGCGGUUAGAGGGUGAUGCACAACAAAACUUGCAGCAAGGCUUUGAAAGAGGGACAUACAAAUCAAAUCACAAACAAUCUCGUCAAAAUUUAUCUUUUUCUCUCUAAAACCAUAACCACAACACUAGCAGGCAGUAGCACCAGGGACCCUCCACGAGGCUUCUCGAUUAGUUGUAGUCAGUAGUUGCAGAGCUCUCAAGGAAUCUUCAUAGGAGUAGAGGUAACAGUAACUAAAUCCUUUGAUGUAUGCAUCGAACACCCUCGUUCGAACAGUAUUUGAAGAGGUGUAAACUGAAUAGCAUCGUUUUUUGUUUUCUUGAAGUCAGGGUCCACUGAUGACGCGAAAUUCCACCAAUAACAUAUUGGCACACCUAGUGGGACAACGUGUGUUUGAUAGGGCUCUGCGACGAAGGAUUCAAGAUGGUGAUCCUUUGCAAGGUUCUAUGCAGGAGGAGCGGUUGGUUAACGUUGAUGUUGACCAAGUAGGAGAAAAAAAUGCUGGAGGAGAGGCGCCAACCAUGGUGCCUAAUGCAAAUCCUAGUAAAGCAGCACCAUCAGUUAGCCAAAUGGUGGAGGAGACUCGCCAACAGGUGGUUUGGUUGAACAUAAACUACCAAUAGGUAACCAUUCGUCUUGCUUCUUUGGAUGAGGGCAUUGAUGGUUUGAGUUCGCGUUGUGAUAGAUGUUUGGCUCAAUUAUUUGAGAUGGUGAACAAAAAUACGAAUGAUUUGGGCGAGUUUAGGCAAUUGUUGAACAUACCAAUUUUACAAACUAGGAUUUUGUCUUCAGCUGGUCGAACCUUUCCAAAUCUUGAAAGUGAAAAUGUUAACUAACCAUCCAACAGUGGUGGUUGAGGUGACUAGCCACGACCGAGAAAUCCUACACGGGCGACAACCAUCGUACCAACGCCUCAAAGGGUGAAUGUUGGCGAGAGUCACACCACUUCAUCUCAGGUCCAUGUUGAGAAACCACCACUUGUGCAAGGUUUAGCUCGGCAAAACAUUACACAAGCCAGGCCAUACAUGGCUCCUGAUAAUGUUCGGAUGGUUUUGGGUCCAAACAAUGUUGACCCUAUACUACCACGUGCGUAUCCGUGAUGCUUUGUAUAGUUGAAUUAUGAACUUUAUUUUUUCAAUAAAAUGAACUUUUUUUUUUGUCUGCCCUGUCAAUUUCAGACCUCUCAACUUUAGAAUGUAUUGGUGGUAACCAACCUUAGGGUAUUUGGUAUUCUUGCCCUUCCCUAACUCAUUUACUUAUGGCAUUUACUUAUGGCACUAGACUAGUGGUUUGUGAAGUUGAUGAAACUAUAACCAAGUAAGAAAUGUGAUACCUUUUAUUUAGGGAUAACGAAAUAACUCAACACCAUAAGUACCAACCAAAUUUGAUUUGAUUUGAUCGGAAAAAAUCCAAAUGAUAUUACUUUUGGGUGGUUUUUCCCGAACUCGACAAAGAAGGUAUGAGUUUGGUGCGAUUUUGGUAUUUUAAGCAUUUGCACCAACCUAACCUAACCCUAAACAUAAGUCAUUUAUAUCUCUCAAAUAUUAUAAUUAUCUCUUAAGUCCAAAUUUGCUCAUUUUCACUCAUUUUUAUGAAUAAUGUCUUAACAAACUUACCCGUAGGAUUGCAAUUGUAAGAGAAAAUUUACAUUAUAUAAAAAAAAUUAUAUAUGAUUGUCAUAUAACAUCCCUACCUACUUUUUGUUAUGUGGAUGGUUAUAACAGACCUACAUGGUUUCAUUACAUGUACUUAUAUUCUCAUAUUAUGGUUUUCAAGUCAUCAUCAUGGUCUAAUAUAAACAUGUAGAGUUGUAUGUUAUUGAUGGGAUGUCCAUAUAUUUCAAGCAAAACAAACUUGAUAAACAAAGAGAAUAUAAAAAUGAAUAUUGGGA